AUGGCCACUUCCCGAGCGCAACAGCUAUUUUGGGAAGACGAUGCUUUACAGCUAUGCACCAGUUGCGACACUACCGCAGCUCACAACCCCCCCACCCCCACCCUAAUGACCCUCGCUCGGGCGCAAGAACUCUGUGUAGCGUGUGCGACGAAUGCAACCCUGGGCCACGCGCAACAUACAGCGAUUGCGAUGGUGGAACUAUGCGUAGCGGUCGAGAACACACAAUCUCGACGGAAACCCGCAAUCUCGAUGGCUAAGUUGGCGGUCCAACUCAUUGCGCCGAUUUUGCAGAAAGCACGUGAUGGGGAGCUUCCGCUGGGCGACCCUGUCGUGCGGCAUGUUCUUGAGGACAUCAUGACAACUCUCGGGCGGAUGCGCUGUCUUGUCGAGCAGCAUCCAAACUUUCUGAAAGGCUUUCUGGAGUCCCUCCAGCUGAGGCAGCAGCUGAAGAAGCGCUACAAAGCGGUCAUGAGGCUCUCGAAAUCUCAUAAUUCCACCAAGAGCAGUACCAUCAUCGAAGCUGUGGGCCUGAGCGCGCAGGUUGCGGUUGCGGUGUGCGAUGCACCAGUGUUAAAUGCGUUCAAGCCGAUCGCGAAUAUGGUUGCUCUCUUCAGUGAUAGAGCCACGACGGUCAAGUCGAAUCAAGAAGCCGCUGCCGCGCUUGCACAACACGCAGAAAAUGUGACAACCAAUGUUUUGAAGCAUACUGCUCUGGCGGGAGGAUCGGAAGGAGCACGGGAAGUUCUUCAGAGUGCUCUCCAAGACGCCGCAUUUCUUCUCGACGGUUUCUCCGACGGACGUGGUAAAUGGUUGUCGGCAAACUCAGAUUCCGCGCGGCUCGCGAGCGUCAGCGCAAAGCUGGACAAGGCACUGGCGGUUUACAUGGCGUGGGAGGCUGUGGAGACGAAGACGGUGGUCCGCAGGACGACAGCACAGCUCUCCCGGCUUGUUACUAUUGUAGAUCGCAUUCACUUCGAAGCACAGCACGCCACGCCUAGCUUUUUUUUUUUUAAUGACAGGCGGCAGAUGUGA